AACAAAAUGCAAAGCCCUAAAGCCAAAAACAAACCCUGGCCUAAACGACGCCGUUAGCAUUUCCUAAAUAUAUGCCCCAAAACCUAACAAUCUCAGCCUCCACUACCCACCCCCAAAUUCACCGAUCACCAGCGGCGGCGGCGACAGAGAAGGUAAGGUAAGAUGAAGUACAACCCCAGAGUGUCGUCCUCCCGGCGCAAGAGCCGCAAGGCUCAUUUCACGGCGCCGUCCAGCGUCCGCCGCGUCAUCAUGAGCGCGCCGCUCUCCGGCGACCUCCGCACCAAGUACAGCGUCCGCUCGAUGCCGGUGCGCAAGGACGACGAGGUCCAGGUGGUGCGCGGCACCUACAAGGGGCGAGAGGGAAAGGUCGUCCAGGUGUACCGUAAGAAGUGGGUGAUCCACAUCGAGCGCAUCACAAGGGAGAAGGUUAACGGAUCCACGGUCAACGUCGGGAUCCACCCGUCCAAGGUCGUGAUUACCAAGCUCCGCCUCGAUAAGGACCGGAAAUCGCUGCUCGACCGCAAGGAGAAGGGGCGCGCCGUCGCGGACAAGGACAAGGGCACCAAGUUCACCGCCGAGGACAUCAUGCAGACUAUCGAUUAGGAGGCAUCCGAGUACUUGAUCAUCAAUUGUGAGACAGCCAUAUGAGACAAGAAAACAGAGCAGGAACUCGAAGCAUUGGCAAUUUUUGGCACGAUAUGAUAACACGACACGAACCCGCACGAAAUUAAUGGGUUUGGGUCAAGGCUUAUUG